GUUUCUAGUGGCGCCAGCUCUUGAUGAUGGCGACCUACAAAAAUUAAUGAACUGGCAAUUGUUGACCACGCUAUUACGAGGUGCUACUAGUAGCUGGAUACCCCACUUUUAGAAAGGAGCCAGAUCUUACUCCGUUCCAAGGGUGGACAGCUGCAUGCGUAAUAGCAGCUCUUGCCAGUCAACAGGUUGUAGAAUACCCUCCCACCCGUGGUGCCGCCGAUUCUGCAUUGUUUAGCAAGCAAGCAACAACGUUGUACGAAAAUAGCAGCCAUGGCGCAGCAAUCAGAACGAGUCGAUGGAGGAGAGGCUUCUUUCCUCAACAUGGUGCUGGAAGUUGAUCAGGAGGCAUCACUGAACGACAGCUUUAGCACCUUGGGCAUCCACAGCAUCUUUAGUGACGCCAAGGUCAACAAGGCAAGCAAGGCCAAGCAGCAACAACGCAGCAAUAAGAAAGCCUCCUCAGGAUUCAAUGCACUAGACAAGUUCUUUGAAGAAGACACUCAGGCCAGCGAAACUGUCAAAGAUACCGUGGACCUGAGGACCUUACUGCAAAAGGGAAUCAAGGCUGAAAACCAGAGCAAGCACGCUGGCAACCGAUGGCUCGAGUCUGCGGGCAAGUCUGUUUCCUGCCGAAACUUGAAGUAUGAUUCCAAUGCAUGCAUAGAGCCGCCUAGACGGUGUCCCGCGCCACUAGAAGUCAAAGAUUUGUCCAAGGCAUGUCGUGAGGCUGUGUCCCAAGCUAUGCAGCUCACACACAGGCGUUCAGCUACCAUGGAUGCGUCUGCGGAUUCCAAUGUCACAGAGGACAGCGAUAUUAUGGAUUCGUCAGUUCCCAACACACCCUCUUCUCGAAGAGACCGCAUGCAAACGGCGAGCCGGUUGUCACAGUCAUGCCGCCAUUUGGGGACGACAAGGGUUAGCGACCUGGCCCAAAGCUACCACAACCCCCCUCUUUCGCCCAAUGGUGCAACUUCCAAAGCUAGGAAUUCUCUUGUCAAAAAGAACUCGGCCAAGAACCUACUAAGCGCAAGCUGCCGCAGUAAGAUGACGUUGGGGCCGGAUUCGCCCAAGAGACGGCUGAUGAAGUCCAAGUCCGUGAGGCACAUGAGCACUCGCAAGAGUUCUGAAGUUGAAGACAACGAUGAGGACAGUAUUGCUUUAUCACCCUUCAUUCGAGGAUCCAGGCCCAUGCUGAGAUCCAAGUCUGUGAAGUAUACAAGCACUCGCCUGGACCAACAACAGGAUGAUGACGAGGAAGAGAGCAUGGCCUUGUCGUCUCUUCUUCGUGGUGCCUCGAACCAUACAUCCUCCAAGGGGCAACAUUCCGUUUCGCACCGCAAAUCUUUGUCUGCCCUUGGGAGCAUGCCGGAUAUGGAUACUUCGGCAACUUCGGGAAAGUCUCGUUGGACGGCUACUUCCGCGACGUUCUCUGCCCAGCAUCAAAGUUCCAUGUCACUGUUGAAACCUCAACGAAUGGUGUCGGGUCACCGCAGAUCCACAUCCUUUGACAGCAGUUGUAUUUCCGAUCUCUUGUCAACCCCCGUCGCUCAGAAACCCAAGCAAAACAGUGCAACCGCCAACAAGAAGAAGAAAGCAUCUCUGUCGUCCUGGCUAGAAAAGACACAAGACAGUGAAGAACUAUAUGAUAGCAAACAGUUCCGCGAGAACCUUCAUAUCACACCGUGCAGUUUGAGGUCAACCAUGGCCAGGGCGGGGCGAUCCAAGUCAUUUAAAAUUGUCGCUGGAAAGGAUGGCCGAAGGUCCAUGUUGCAAGUCGGCAAGUCCUUGUCUGCUCGACAGCUGCUAGCAAGAGAAGACCUUGACAGUGUGCCGGAACUCACUCCCAUGAGCGCAGACUCGGUCGUUCUUUCCACUCGUGAGGAAAAGACACCCGCACCAGCAAUGGACGACAGUCUUCCUGGUCUGUCUCCCAUUACUUGCACGUCCCGCACCAUGACAACGGAAAAGGUUACGUCGACGUCUGCUGCUAUGGAACUAGCCAUUGCGUCCCCGCCACUUACGCGCAAAGAGGAGAAGAGAAACGACGUUGCAAGGGCAACCGAGCGCGACGUGAAGAAAAAAGAUGUCCCCAUGUUCUCAACGGAACACAUCCUUCAGGAAAUAGGCGCCGGUCUUGACUUUAGCCAAAGGAAAGCCUCCCCUGAACCCAAGAAAACAGUUCGCAGAGAUUCUCUUUCGCUCUCGCGGCGUGCUCAGUCUUGUCGGCGCCUUUCCUCCACGAAGGAGGCAUCGGUACGAAAUCUCAACGCGGCAUCGCAGCAUGAGAACAGCAAGUCAUCGAGAAGGUCAAGAGAUGUGCCAGAUCGAAAGUCUUCGCACGACAAAUCUCAAGCGUCGCAGGAGGGGGAACUCCGCGAUAGCAGGAGGGACAAUCGUAGAUUGUCAGCCAGCAACAGGCAGAAAUCCUCUCGUAAUGGAAUGAAGAAGGAAGGAUCCAGUCGCAAAAUGGUUUCAACACCGGCAAGAUCCAAGACUUAUUCCACUCCUCAGAGUAGUAAGAAGGAUCGUGAAGGUGACAUGUCGGCGUCCCAGCGUGGCCCCCGACGCCAGUCGUCAAAAAAGCACCUCUUGAACAGAUCCUUAUCAUCUUCUGUGAGUACCUCUUUGCAUGGUUCCGUGCAUGGAUCCUUGCGAGACAAGUCUAUUACCUCUUCGGCCGGUUCAUCGAAGCAAGAGUUAUCCCGAAGCAGCCGAGGUGAUUCUCAACAGCCGGCGAGAAGGCAACGAUCCUCGCGAAAACUAUUGGGUACCAACGAUGAGGGCAGCAAGAAGGAAUGCUCCACACGCAAGCGUGCUUCGUCAGCCCGUGCCAGUAGGCGACGUUCCUCUCGUGCCAGCAAGGAAUCGAGGCCCGGCAGUCCAAGCUGCGUCGCACAGUACUCACCAGGGAAGGACUCUCCUGGAAAGGAGUCAUCACCCGCUCGGAGGGAGAAAUCCACUUCCACCCGCGCUAGUAGCAAGAGCGGGAGUAAGAGGUCUUCUACUUCAAGCUUGACUUCGAAAUUGGAUGGCAUUUUGAAGCGUCCGUCUUUGAAAGAGGACGCAGACGUACUGCUGAAUGGCCCCGAUGAAUCUGAGGAUAAAUUGAUGGCUCUGGGCUGCAGCCUACACGACUAUAGCACGAAGAAAGCUCCGUCUCGUGGCCGUGGCAAAAGCAACCGAGAUAAGUUGAACAAUUCUGUGGUGUGGUAAAAUGUUCACUUGCGCACGAGCAAAGUCCUGUGUGCAAUGGAUGCGCACAGGUAGUUUUGUGCGGUGUGAAUGUGGAGACCAUCGCGCGCCGCUGUGAGAGGAAGAAAUGCAUUGGAUGCAUCUAUUUCCUGUUUACAUAUUCGGAAUCGAUUAAGUACACCUAACUUAAUUGUGACAAGCAAAAUUCCUUUUCAUGACGCUGCACAAGUAGCCCCAGUGCCUAUUAUUAUUCUAGCUAGUAGAAUCAACGGCCCCAAACAAAGACCGCGGCCGGCAAGGUAGCUCGUUUUACAUUAACCCAACCAGUUAUUGUGUUUCCUCGCCAUCUCCUUGUCCUAGUGGACUUUUUGCUUCCUUCUCGGGUGACAAGGCCGAUAUACUGGGUGGUUUCUCUUCCACAAAGUAGCCACUGCCAGAAUCUGCCGCAACAAAAUCAUGCCGUCCUCGCGCUUCCUCUCGAUGAUCAAACAGAUUGUUGAUGAAUGCACCGGUUUGGAAAUCAUUUAAGAACUGCGACCGAUCCACCUGAGCCGCCCGUUGUCGUGUUUCUUCCUUGCGCGCCAGUUGUUUCGUUCCGGCAGCUCUGUGUUGGAGGUAUUCUUCCUUGGACGCAAUCGCCCAAACUUCCAGCGCGUCCACAUCAAAAAAGGGAGAUGACGGCAUGCCAUCGGGAUCAUCUGGCAAGAGUGC